AUGGGCAAAACAGUGGAGGCAUACAUUGACGAUAUGGUGGUAAAGAGCAAGCAGAAUGGACAUCACUUGAAACAUUUGCGAGAAGUGUUUAAUGUAUUAAGAAGGUAUAGAAUGAGGUUAAAUCCGAUAAAGUGCUCGUUCGGCGUGGGGUCAGGGCAAUUCCUUGGCCAUGUGGUCAACAACAGAGGGAUUGAGAUCAGCCCAACCCAAGCAGAAGCCCUGCUUAACAAUACAGAACUGUGCACUAUUAAAGAAGUUCAAGCUCUUACCGGGCGCAUAGCGGCAUUGAGUCGGUUUAUUUCCAAGUUAUCUGAUCGGUACAAACCAUUCUUUGAUAUAAUCAUAAGUCACGGAAAGCAAUGUUGGGGGAAUAAGCAGAGGCAGGCACUGAACAAUUUGAAAGAAUAUAUGCGGAACCCACCAGUCUUAAAUGCCCCAAAUCCAGGUGAAAAACUCUUCUUGUACCUCGGAGUGUUUAGCGUUUCAACCAGCGGUGUUCUGAUCCGGUGUGCUGAGGCCAUCAAAGGGCAAGCAGUGGCUGAUUUCUUGCUAGAGUGUGAUGUGGAAGAGCCCGAGGCCUAUUCGGAAGAAUCCUCAUGGAAGCUCUUCGUUGAUGGCUCCUCAAAUCAAAUAGGGGUAGGAAUCGGGAUCAAAUUGCAAACGCCAGAUGGCACUGCGCUCAGCCAAGCAGUCAAGCUUGAGUUUAGGGCAACCAACAAUGAAGCAGAGUAUGAAGCGUUAUUGGCUGGGUUAAGGUUAGCCAAGGAACUAAAAGUCAGAAACUUAGUCGCUUUCAGUGACUCACAGCUGAUCAUUCGGCAAGUGACUGGGGAGUAUAGUACCAAAGAUGAGACUAUGGAGGAAUACCGUUCAGCCGUAAUACACAAGGCCAAAAAUUUCAAUAAGAUCAAGUUCACGCAAGUGCCGCGGGAGCACAAUGCAGAUGUUGACCGUUUGGCCUACAGUGCAUCGAGCUCGGGUGAGACAUUGGCAAGGGUGAUCCCAGUUGGUGUGCUUCGCCAACCAUCUAUAUUGGAGCAGUCGACAAGUUCGGACUCAUGGCAGGUAAACGUCAUACCGUAUGAGCCAAGCUGGAUAGAUCCAAUUAUGGCAUAUAUCCGAGAUGGUGUUCUGCCUGAACAAAGGGAUGAAGCAAGAAGGGUCAGAUCUAACGCUGCAAAGUAUGCCGUGGUACAUGACCAAUUGUAUAGGAGGUCUUAUUUAGGACCUUAUCUAAAAUGUGUAACCCCUGCAGAAGCUCAGCAAAUACUGCGAACCAUUCAUGAAGGCGUAUGUGGUAAUCAUUCAGCGGGAGAUCCCUAG